AUGCACAUGGAUAGUAAUUUAAAAGAAGAAAACGAUUUAACAGAUCUUGAAGAGAAUGAUUGUAUUGAAAAGGUAGCAUUAUACCUACGAAAAACAAUUUUAAAUAUUAAUAAAUUUAAAUUUAAAUCAAAAAUUAAGGUGGAGGAUUUAAUUAAUAGUGAGUAUUCCAUUCCAGAGAAAUUAGAGCGGUUUUAUAAAGUCUUUAUUGCAGGUAAAUAUAUUCAUCGAAGAAAUGGUGUCAAUUGUGACAGAUUGGCUAAUUCAAUGGCCUCAGACGCUAUUUUUUGUGUCAAUAGUGGAACUGUUAUACUGUCUAAACUCAUAACUUAUAACACUAUAAAAAGUCUUACAAAUAGUCGAAAAGGUAUUAUUAUUUUAAAUAGAUUUGGACAUUGCUGUAACUAUAACACCCUGGUGGAAGAAUUUGAAACUGAAGCAACAAUAGCAUCUGUUGAUAGUUCACAAAUAAGUCCUCCUGACAUUAUCCGUUCUCCAUUAUUAUGUACAGCUGUGGAAUUCGAUAAUUUUGAUAGAUUCGUCGAUACCCUAAAUGGAAAAGAAACUUUACACGACACUGUUGGAAUUAUAUAUCAAAAUGUUAAUAAUAAUGUCCAAGAAGAAUUGAAUGUGGAUAAUGCUAGUAAUAAUUCUGAAGAAACGCUACCAGGACCAUAA